AUGUCGAGCUUCUCCCGCGAGUGCCGGCUGCGCUUGACCCGCGGGGCUCCGCGGAGCUUCGAGUGCGUGUCGCUGGGGAUGCCCCCGCAGGCCCUGCUGGACCAACUGGUGGGCGACCUGCAGAGCCACCUGGAGGAGAUGGAGCGGCUGCGGGUGGGCUUGCUCGACGCCUACCCUCGCCUCUCCGGAAGGGACGGCGGGGGUCCCCGCCGGAGCGGCUCGAGCAGCGGCUUCCCCCGGCUGGAGCAGAGCGACGACGGGCGCACCUACUACUUCGGCUUGGAGGUGGGCGACUUCUGCCCCGACGAGCUGGCCGUCAAGGUGGACGGCGCCAAGCUGACGGUCUGCGGCCGGCGGGACCAGCGGAGCGAGGCGUCCGACGGCUGCGUCUGCCACGAGGUCCGCGAGGUCCGACGCGAGCUCCUCCUGCCCGACGACGCCGAUUUGGAAGCGCUGACCUGCUGCCUGGCGCCCGAAGCCGGCCGGCUCCGCAUCGAAGCGCCCCGCUUGGGGUCCAGCCCGGCUUGGGAGCGCACCGUCCCCAUCCCCAUCUGCCGCAACAACGACGGGCCGGCCGGGAGCUUGCAAGGCGGCCGGAGCCCUUCGCCGGGCAGCCCGGAGAAAGCCUGCAUCUGA